AUGCCCGGCUUUGAUCAAAACCGAGUCUACUCGGUCCAAGUUCUCGCGGGCGACCAGCCGCCCGACUCGCCGGCCGAGAUCGAGCGGCUCUUCUACGACUUCCUCAGUGGGUUCCGAGUCGGCGGGGAGUUCGUGUAUCGGGAUCGCCUCCGGUCUUCCUUGCUUCUGCACCACCAUACCCUCGAUGUGGAUCUCCGGGACUUGGUCGUUUGGAAUGAAGAGCUGGCGCAGAAAGUUCAGGAGAUGCCGGGGGAUAUGAUACCGCUGGUCGAAUCUGCCCUUCUUCGUCUUGCUCGCCAACUGCUCAACCCCACCGGAGCAGAGACUGGAGGAUCCAGCUCAGCGGUGGAGAUGGUCCCAGAUAUGCAAGUGACUAUCCGGAGCGGGAUGAACCUGCUGCAAUUCCGUGACUUGACUGCCAACACCCUUACAACCCUCGUCCGGCUCCCCGGGAUCGUCAUCAACGCCUCGCAGCUCACUUCGCGCGCUACCGAGCUGCACCUGCAAUGUAAGGCCUGUCGGAGUGUCAAGAGCGUCAAGGUUUCGAGCUCUAUUGGGGGAGAAAAGUCUGCGCUGCCGAGACGGUGUGAUGCACCCGCACCGGAAGGCCAAACGAAGGACUGCCCCCUCGACCCCUAUGUCAUCCUCCACGAUCGCUGUCGAUUCGUCGACCAGCAGUCCAUCAAGCUACAAGAAGCGCCCGACAUGGUCCCCGUUGGAGAACUGCCACGGCACAUGAUGAUGCACGCCGAGCGGUAUCUAACCGGAAAGGUCGUACCUGGAUCGAGGAUUAUCGCAACGGGUAUCUACUCGACCUUUGCCCCUUCUGGAAAGGGUAAAAACACCUCGGGAGCGCCGGCGCUCCGUCGACCAUAUCUCCGCGUGCUGGGCAUCGAGCUCGACACCUCCCUCUCGACCUCCCCCGGGUCUCGUGCAUUCACCCCUGAAGAAGAGGAAGAAUUCCAGCAGCUCGCCAGGAGCGAGGGGCUGUAUGAGCGAUUCUCGUCGUCGGUCGCUCCUUCCAUCUUUGGCAAUAUCGAUAUCAAGAAGGCCGUUACCUGCCUGCUCUUUGGCGGGUCGAAAAAGCUUCUCCCGGAUGGCGCCCGCCUUCGAGGCGACAUCAACGUUCUUCUUCUCGGAGAUCCGGGAACGGCCAAGUCGCAGCUGCUCAAGUUUGUGGAGAAGGUCUCGCCUGUAGCGGUGUAUACGUCGGGCAAGGGAAGUUCGGCAGCUGGUCUGACGGCUUCGGUGCAGAGGGACCCAGUCUCGAGAGAGUUCUACUUGGAAGGAGGGGCUAUGGUGCUCGCUGAUGGCGGUGUGGUGUGUAUCGACGAGUUUGACAAGAUGAGAGACGAAGACCGAGUGGCCAUCCACGAAGCGAUGGAGCAACAGACCAUCUCGAUCGCCAAGGCUGGUAUCACUACCAUCCUCAACUCCCGGACAAGUGUCCUGGCAGCCGCCAACCCAGUUUUCGGUCGAUAUGACGACAUGAAGUCACCGGGCGAGAACAUCGACUUCCAAACCACCAUCUUGUCUCGUUUCGACUUGAUCUUCUUGGUGCGGGACGAGCACUCUGAGGCUCGGGAUCGUCUCAUCGCCAAGCACGUCAUGUCGCUCCAUGCGGGAUUGGCGGGUGUGACGGAGGCAGCGGGCGAGCUGGAGAUCGAUAAGAUGAAGCGAUACGUUGCGUAUGCCAAGUCUCGUUGCGCACCUCGCUUGUCUGCUGACGCAGCGGAGAUGCUCAGCUCGCACUUUGUCGGCAUCCGGAAACAGGUCCAGCAGGUCGAGAAGGACAAUGACGAGCGGUCGUCGAUUCCGAUCACAGUCCGUCAACUCGAAGCCCUCAUCCGUGUCUCUGAGUCCCUCGCCAAGCUCACCCUCUCCCCAUCAGUCCAAGGCCACCACGUCCAAGAAGCCCUGCGCCUCUUCAAGACCUCCACAAUGGACGCGGUCUCGGCCGGUCAAGUGGACGGUAUGGGCCGCACCGAGCUUCGAGACGAGAUGGACAAGAUUGAGAAGGAGCUAUUGAGGCGGUUACCGAUCGGGUAUACGACGAGCUACAACUCGCUCGUCAGGGAGUUUACGGGGCAGGGUUACAGUGUACACGCGUUGGAUAGGGCGUUGUUGGUGCUUGAGCGGAGGGAGACGCUGCAGUUCAGGAGUCAGAAGAAGGUCGUCGCCAGGGUGGGAGUAUAG